GUAUAUACAUAUUCCUUUUGAAGAUCAACCCGCCUCGUUUUGUUAAAUACAAAUAAAAUAAAUAAAGUAAAAGCCUUUUGGAGAUAACGAGAGAAAAUUGAGAGAGGGAGCGCUGGAGAGAACCUCCCCCAAAUAGAAAGUUAGGGUUUUUCGACACUCUCUCAUCCAGUCAUAUCUCUGUUGGCAGAGGGAGAAAGACUCUGAUUCUAAUAGAGGCAUAGUACGUCGCUUGCUUUCACUCCAUUAAAACCACUCCAUAACCUAUUCCGCACCGACAUGUCUCCUCUCCCCUUCCUUUAUUAGCCCUCUCUCUUCUUCUCUUUCGCUUUUGUUAAAUUGUAGCACAGAAAAAGAUCUUCCUCGGGAUCUCCUCAAUACUAUUCUUGGAACAUGUUGGACUACGAAUGGGACAACCCCUCGGCGAUGAUGUUAUCCGGAGAAGAUCGACAUCACCAGGAGCCAGACCCGACCCGAGCCUUGCCCAUUUUCGACCCGUCCCAUCACCACUCGUCGGCUUACAACAUUUCUCCACCACCGCUCCUCUCUUCCUUCUCUAACCAACAACAUCUGACGACCGUCUAUAAUGGUCAUAUCACCACCAACCAGUUUCUUCACUCCUACUACGACCCUCGCACCACCACCACUCAUCCUUACGCCACAUCCGAUUCCAUCUACCACACCCACUCUUCUGCUUCACCCCUCUUCUCCUUCGACCAGACCGGUUCAGGAUCAGGGCCAUCCUACAACUUCCUCAUUCCCAAGACCGAGGUCGACGUCUCUCGGCCGCUCGAUUUCACGUCCAACAGGAUCGGCCUAAAUCUGGGGGGCCGCACUUACUUCUCCGCCGCCGACGACGACUUCGUGAGCCGGCUGUACCGGCGGUCUCGACCCGGUGAGCUGGGAAUGGGAAACUCGCUGAGCACACCACGGUGCCAAGCGGAGGGAUGCAACGCGGAUCUGAGCCACGCGAAACACUAUCACCGCCGCCACAAAGUGUGCGAAUACCACUCAAAAGCUUCGACGGUUGUGGCGGCCGGGCUCAGCCAGCGCUUUUGCCAGCAGUGUAGCAGGUUCCAUUUGCUGUCGGAAUUCGACAACGGGAAACGCAGCUGCCGUAAGCGCCUAGCUGACCAUAACCGCCGCCGUCGUAAAUGUCACCAGUCGGCAUCCAUCACUCACGACAGCGGCAGAUCCACUCCGGAUAUUGCCACCACUCCAAAGUCGCCGAACGAUUCGGGGGUAAAGCCGUCUCCGUCCAAUACGCUUCUCUCGCCGCCUACAAUUUCCUUGGAAUGUUUCCGGCAAAGGCAGUUCCAAACAACAGCGUCCUCUUCCACGUCAGCGUCUUCCUCUUCGAAUUCAAUGUUCUUCUCCAGCUGCUGAUGAUUAGUUAGUACGUUGUUGUUUUGUUGCUGUUACCAUCUUAAUUAGUCGGUCUAUGGUCAUGUAAUGUUUUUUCUUAACUGUUUUAAAAGUGUUGUUUUCCUUCAUCUUCUCCUUCUUUAACGUACGCAGUCAAAAGGAUUUAAGUUAUUACUAGUAACUAACAGCUCUCGCUCGGUCGAAUUAAAAUUGAAUUUUGGGUAUUGAUUGAUUAUUAAUAAAAUGCCUUUUAUACUGGUGUGAAA